AUGGGGUGUCUACAGGAUAGCUUGGCUAUCUCAAAACAGGCUGAGAGUAAGAAGACUUCUUCUGCUCCUGCAAAAAGGUCUGCCGAGACCCAGCCCUCUGAGUCCACCCAAUCAAAGAAGCCGAGGUCUGCCUCAGCUACAACUUCGGGGUCCAAGAAAUCUGAUGUCCCCUGGGCACCAAAGUUGACUUUGGAGGAUAGGCCAAUUAUGUCAACUGAGAGUGCCGACGACAUUAAUGUUGGUGUCGCCCUCAGUACAGCUCUUCUCCUUCCAAGCGAUCUGGAGCGAAAUGCUGGGUACAGCGAGUACGAAAACUACGCACUAAUGCUCCAGCACUCCGUUCAACAAAGAGUGGUUGACAUAAAGAGGGAGAUUUCUGCCCUCAAAAAGGACAGUAAAUCUUUUGAAUCGAAGAUGAAGAAAUUGGAAGAUCAGGCCGAGGCCGCUACUAAGGCCCAGCAAAUAGCCGAAGAAAAAGCGGAGUCUGCUGAGGCUAUUAGAAAAGUUGCUGAAGCUGAAAAGGAGGAGUUUAAAUCGAAAAUGGCUCAGGCUGAGAAAGAGCUUCAAAAGGCUCUGGCCACAAAAAAAGCCGAAAUUGAAGAAGCUGAUGAGAAGGCCUAUGCCCAGGGCAUGGCCGACGUCACUGAGGACUAUAAACUUCAAGUUAAGCAGGCUGAAGAAGAAUCUGAGUCUGAGCCUGAAGUCGAAGAUGAGGAUAACGAUGACGGUGAUGCUCUAGUAAGGAAGCCCAAGGACGCUGGUGAGAUCCAAUCUCUUCCUCAGGAUGAUCAAAUCUUAGACUUGACUCACGAAGAGGAUGAGGAGGUUAUUAAAGAGGCUACUCCUGAACAAGCAUCAUCUGAUGUCCCUCCUAUCUAUGACAAUCUUAAUCAAACACUUGCCGAAAUUGAUGCCGAGAUUAUGGCCGAGAAGGUUGCCGAAGUAGCUUUUCAAGAACCCGCCGAGGUCCAAAUUCAAAUUGCUCCUGAUGCUGAAGAAUCAUAA